CCGCCGCGUCAUUGGCCAGGCGAGCGUCCGCCCACGCGCGCCUCAACAACCCGCUGCGCGGGGACACGAACCUCAAGAUCUUCCUGCCCAGCGACAACGUUGCGCUCAAGGCCAUCCUGUCCCCGAGGAACUCGGCCGAGAGCGGCGACGCGGGGAAGGUCGACGGGGACGCGGCCAAUGCCAGUGGCGGCUCCGCCAACUUGCUGGACAAGCUGCUGUUCCGCAACGCGCCCGUGACGCCCAAGAAGUCCAUGGGCAGCAUCGUGGACGAGGACCUCGAGGCCACGAGCGUCGUGGUCAUGAACACCAACCUCCCGCCGCCCCCGUUCGCCAACAUGUACGCGUGCGAGUCCUGUCGCGAGGACAUCGGCUCGCUGCUGUCUAAGGGGCGCCACCACUGCCGCAACUGCGGCGGCUCCUUCUGCUCCGAGUGCACCACCAAGACGAUCAUCGUGCCGUACCAAGCCUAUCUAACAAGAGGCGAGCUGCGCGUGUGCGACGGCUGCUACCACCGCAUCCAGAACUUCCAGAAGCAGGUCAAGAGCACGACCGUCACGUGGAGCGGCCUCCAGCCGCCCACCAGCGAGGACAUUGUACGCGACUUCGAGCUGUCGGAGGACGAGGCUAUCGUGUCCAUCUUCAACUGCGCGCUGUUCCUGGAGACGACGCCGUACUACGGCCACCUGGUGCUGACGCGCAAGCGCCUGUGCUUCCAGAGCUACGUGGACUCGAAGAAGCGCAAGGUCUCGUACUCGCAAAUUCUGUCGCUGCUGAAGCCGCAGUUCUACUACAUCAACGGGCUGCAGGUCAAGACCAAGCGCAAGGAGACGUUCUUCCUGGCCGAGUUCAACGGGCUGCGGGACACCUGCUUCUUGCGGCUGGACCAGCUCAUCCGCGCGUACCAGGAGGCGAGCAGACUGAAGGGAGCGGGCCCGGGCAAGUCGCCGAGCUCCAAGGAGCUGCGCAAGCAGGCGCUGGACCGCCGUCGCUCGUACAAACUCAUCUCGGAGCACAUUGUGUCGUCGGAAGGUGUGCACACGGAUGACGGUAAGUCGACGGCAAGUGACGAAGACCCCUUUGAGCCGCUGCCGCCUGACCCGCUACUGGAGAAGAUGACGGUGCUCUUGGACUGCGACUUGCGGGCCGACGUCAAGCGCGUCUUCGAUCUCUUGUGGAACGACGGCCCGGGCCAAGAGUUUUCGCGCACCAACAUGGAGAAGGCGAGGGAUAUCGACAUUGACAUUGAAUCGUGGAAAGCCAUUGACAAGAAUUAUGCUGGGAAGGCCGAGGAGAUCCGAAAGGGCUUUGAGAUCUCCAAGGAGGGCGACUACACUAUGUAUCGCAUCGUGCGGUCUCAGCACCCGCCCAAGACUUCAUUCCCCGGCUUGCCGCCUUAUGCUGGAUGCACACGAACGCAGCGGUUCCGUCUUGACAAGAGCUCGAACGGCGGGGACAAGUGGGACCGCUUCGUUAUCACGGAGCUCAACCGCAUGAGCAAGAUCCCGUUCAGUGACUACUUCGAGGUGGAGAUGCGCUACGUGUUUUCUAGGGACGGCAACAACUACUGCCACGUGCAAGUCGGUCUGGUCGUCAACUUCCUCAAAGCGACGUGGUUCAAGUCGCAAAUCAACUCGUCUACGCGGUCAGAGUCCAAGGAGGCGCUGGAGGCUUGGACCAAGCAGGCGAUCGAGUUCCUGGAGUCACAGCGGAAUCGCGUCGUCCCGCUGUCCCCGACGCUCAGAGCUUUGUCCGCUUCUGGCAGCUUCAGCGAGCUUGAAUCGGAGGCUGGCAGCAGCAUUCAUCCGGUACUCAAGCGCAGGGCGUCGGCUCCGCGCUCGAUCGUGCAGUGGCUUCUACUCGGAUUGCUUCUCUAUGGACUCAUGCUGCUACGUGGACACCAGGCACAAAUGCAACAGCUCACGACCGCCACAACCAAACUACUCGAGCACCUCCGGGAGCAGCAGAGUUUGAUGCAAGCACAGGCAUUGAGAAUGCAACAGAGCUGCGAGAGUGUAUCUGUAGAAGCUGCCAUGCAGACACUGCAGAGGUUUGUGGACGCCUCAACAGGCUAG